UGAUGACGUCAUGGCUGAAAUGGAGUCUGGUGACGCCGAGAUGUCUCUGACCAAACCAGUGAAAGCCUCAGCUCUGCGUAAGAAUGGUUACGUGAUGCUUCACGGAUUUCCAUGCAAGAUUGUCGAUAUGCUUACAUCAAGGCCAGGGAAGCAUGGGCAUGCAAAGAUUCAUUCGUCGGCAUUGACCUUGUGACCGGCAAGAAAUAUGAAGACAUCUCGCCAAGCACACAUACAAUGAAAGUGCCUAUCUCCGACCGCAAGGAAUAUCUGGUGGCUGAUAUGGGACGUGAUGGUAUUCUAGCGCUGAUGGAUGACGGCGGAUAUGUACGUCAUGAUAUAAGCGUUGAUGACGUCGACAUCAGGAAAAACAUCGCCGAUAAACUGGCUAAACAGGAGGACCAAGAUGUCAUGGUGACCGUGUUGAAGGUGUUGGACAAAGAACUUGUCAUGGCCGUAAAAACUGGAGUAAAGUAGACGAUUUACCGGCAAAUCGUCACGUGACGGGGCUCUCCGAGACGAAUGAUGAGUUACAUACAGUCAACAUAUAAUUAUCUCAUGUAUUUAUUUCAACAUCUCUAUUGUUCAUAUAGAAUCACUUUUUCCCUGAUUUAGUUUUAUGGGCUGGUCGUUUUUUAAAUUUGAACCUACCCGUUAUAUUUUUCGGGUAAUGUAUAAUCAUAAAAAUAUUAAAAUUGGCAUUGGUACAGCCAGAGACAGUUAAAAUAUACUCACAAGAGUUGCCGUUCUUAGACUGACUAUGUGUCAAAGAACCACAAAUCUGGAUACAAACUAUACUAUGAUUCAAUGCAAUUCAAUGCAAUUUAUUUGGACAACUGGUGUGUGUUAUAUAUAAUUUACAUUUUACAAAAAGCGUGUCCAGUGUUCUAAAGGUUUAUAUAAUCCCGACGUGCAAGUUACUUUAAUCUAAGUGAGCACAUUCAAUUAAAUACAAGUAAAAAAAUCAUGAUUUGAUGCACACAAGAACUUUGAAUUUUUUUUUAUGCUUAUGAGUAAUUUGAAAUUGUUUGGAUAUCAUUCCACUUUUCUUGUUUCUGUUGAUCUUGAAAAAUAACGACUAAACCCAUUUUUUAUAUUGAUGUUCACUUCAGGAACAUUUUUGAUAAAAAAUGAAUCAGGUAAAAACUUUAUGAAAAUUUAUUUAAUUCAUUCAGGUGUUAACGAAAUAAUGGACAAACGAGAUGUUGAUAUUUAAUUUAUGUUCACGUACUUAUCAUUUACGGGUGAAUAAAAAUAAUUUAUGGUAAAAUAAGCUUAUCUUACCAUAGUAAGGAGGCCCCGGUACGCCAUCAAACAUUUAGCAAAUACGAGUAGUAAACAUUGGUUAGAUUCGCAAAAUAUUUAUGACAGAUAUUGGACUAUUGCCUCGUGUUUUGAGCAGCUAAUUGGGAAUCUGAUUGGUUACAUACAUGUAUGUUUAUCAGCUUAGAUAGUUAUGUUUAUCAGUGAUUUGUUAGAAAUGUUUAUCAGUCGGAUAUUUUCAUGUUCGAUUAACCAUUGAUCAUGUUUGAAAAUGACUACUAGUAUUCUGUAACGUUAAAGGAACUCCACUGAGGUCUAAUAGCCUAAAAACAUAAAAUUUGAAAUUUUUCAUAAAUCAAAUGGGGACAAUAUAAUAACGAAUAUGUAAAUAUACUCUGUAUAUUAAAUUGAUAAUCGACUUUUGAUGUCAUAUUUUGGCCGAUUUGAGUGAAAAACGUGGCAGCCUUUUUCAAUUUUGGUCCAUUUUCGCUUUAAAAUUCUUAAUCUCUGGGAAGCAGAGUGGGCGAAAGAUCUGUAAUUUUGUACACGAGUUAUUUGUCCAAACCUAUAUAUCAAGUUGUACAAAAAUAUUGAAGAAAUAUUGUCAAAAACCUCAGUGGAGUCCCUUUAAAGGAAGUUAAAGUUUCCAUGUGCGAUUGAAAGGGUGAUUUUUCUCCGGUUGUGAAAUUAUUUUCAGCUUUAUACUUAUACUAUUCUGUAAUUAAUUAUUUGCGCAUUUUCCGUUCAAACGAUUUACGUUUAGUCAAAUCAACAAUGGAAAAACAACAGCAACAAAACCAUUUCCGAUUUAUAUUUCUACUUGUUUUUCAGAAAUUGUAAUGUCUUUUUUUCUCGGCAUUAUGUCACUUCAAGUUAGAAGUACAAAAAUGUUCUGUACCAAGAGUUACCUUUCAUUAUUCAUGAGUUUUCUAGAGAGUUAAGGGACUUGAUUUUGUG